CUGUAAGGACAUCAGCUGACUCCGCAGAGUCAUGAGACGUGGGUCAGGCGGGUGCUGCGAUCAUAUCGGGCGGCGUCUCCUGCAGCUCGGGCCGGCCAUGCUUCGCCUUCUGCUCCGAGCGGCCGGGCUGGUAGCGCUGCUUCCCGUGGGGCUCGGCGCAGCUAAUGCAUCCCAGAGGAGUUUUGGGAUCGAUUAUGACAAGAACUACUUCCUCAAGGAUGGGAAACCAUUCCGCUACAUCUCGGGCAGCAUUCAUUACUCCCGUGUGCCCCGGUACUAUUGGAAAGACCGUCUGUUGAAGAUGAAGAUGGCAGGGCUUGAUGCUAUUCAAACGUACGUGCCAUGGAACUACCAUGAAUUCAAACCAGGAGUAUAUAACUUCUCUGGUGACCGAGAUAUAGAAUAUUUCCUGCAGCUAGCUAAUGAAAUUGGCUUGUUGGUAAUACUAAGAGCUGGACCUUAUAUCUGCGCAGAAUGGGACAUGGGGGGUCUUCCAGCAUGGUUAUUAGAGAAAGAAUCUAUUGUUCUCCGAUCUUCUGAUUUAGAUUACUUGGUAGCUGUAGAAAGGUGGAUGGGUGUCUUAUUACCCAAAAUGAAGCCUCAUCUCUAUCAGAAUGGAGGGCCAGUUAUUAUGGUGCAGGUUGAAAAUGAAUAUGGAAGCUACUUUGCCUGUGAUUACGAUUACCUUCGUUACCUUCAGAAGCUCUUCCAUCACCAUCUUGGAGAUGAGGUGGUACUGUUUACAACAGAUGGGGCAAGCAAACAUUACUUGAGAUGUGGAGCUCUGCAGGGUCUUUAUGCAACGGUGGACUUUGCACCAGGUGGUAAUGUCACAGCAGCAUUUUUAACUCAACGAGGCAGUGAACCCAGAGGCCCCUUGGUAAACUCUGAGUUCUACACUGGCUGGCUGGAUCACUGGGGUCACCCUCAUUCUGUUGUGCCAACAAAUACGAUAGCUAAAACUCUUGAUGAAAUCCUGGCACGUGGCGCUAACGUUAACAUGUACAUGUUUAUAGGUGGAACCAAUUUUGCCUAUUGGAAUGGGGCAAACAUGCCAUAUUCAUCACAGCCUACUAGUUAUGACUAUGACGCUCCACUGAGUGAAGCAGGGGACCUCACUGACAAAUAUUUUGCUCUGAGAGAAGUCAUUGGUAGGUAUAAUCACUUACCUGAGGGCCCUAUCCCGCCAACAACACCCAAAUAUGCAUAUGGGCGAGUGACAAUGGAGAAGCUAGGCACAGUAGCAGAGCUUCUUGAUGACCUGUCACCCUCUGGGCCAAUAAGAAGCACUUACCCCUUAACCUUUGUUCAGCUGCAGCAGUAUUUUGGGUUUGUGCUGUACAGGACUACCCUGCCAAAAAAUUGUAGUGAGCCAACACCACUCUUUUCGCCUUUAAACGGAGUCCACGACCGUGCCUAUGUCUCUGUAGAUGGGGUUCCUCAGGGAGUCCUUGAAAGAGGCAAAUCAUACGCGAUAAACAUAACCGGGAAGGCUGGAUCAAAUCUGGAUGUGUUGGUAGAAAACAUGGGUCGAGUAAACUAUGGUAGAUACAACAAUGACUUUAAGGGUCUAGUGUCAAAUUUAUCUCUUGGCCAAGUUACGCUCGUUGACUGGGAGAUCUACCCCCUAGACAUAGACAGUGUGGUGGGCCUUGGCCUAAACAGCAGAGGUGAUGAAUCAAAAACAUCUGGUGGUAAUCCCUCAAGCUAUGCAGCUCCUGCUUUUUACACUGGCAGACUUUCUAUUCCCAGUGGAAUCCCCGAUUUACCCCAAGACACCUAUAUCAAGUUUCCUGGCUGGACAAAGGGACAAAUUUGGAUCAAUGGCUUUAACCUCGGUCGUUACUGGCCAGUCCGUGGUCCUCAAGUGACCCUAUUUGUUCCAAGCAACAUCCUCGUUUCAUCGUCACCGAACAAUAUCACAGUGUUGGAGCUGGAGCUGUCUCCUUGUGGCAUUCAGAAAUGUACCAUAGAAUUUGUAGACAAACCUGAUAUCAAUGCAACACUGCAGUAUGAAAACAACAACCGGAAGCUGUUCACUAAAGAUUUAUGGCUGGACCCUCUAUGAUUAUUUAGGAAUGUGUCCCCUUACCUUCUCCUGUUUCUCUACCCCACACCCUCAAAUCCUACAUUCUUCGCAGGGAAAAUCAGUGUUAAAAAUCGAUUAGUAUGUUUAACUGUGGAAAUUUUUUCAAAGCACUGAAAGCAUAGCUGUUUACUAACAAGAGAUACUAAAUACAGGGUCUCCUUUAAAAGUGAAGAUUCUAGCCUUAGAGUAAGUUGUUGUGCAUGAGACUUGACUUAGAUGGAAGAUAAUAUUUAACAUCAAAGUCUUCGUAAACAGAUAACUGUGAGUGCAUGAAAAGGAACCUCUUAAACUAGUCGUUUUACCAUCUCUUGUGAAGAUAGAGAAAUUUACCUUGCUAAGAACUGAGUGGCCCCACUACCACGCUUAUAAACAUUUAAUCUCCACAAACUAGUAUCCAAAGGGUUUGUGUGUGCCAAGUACCAUUUGGAUUUGACUUGUUUUCCUCCAGGCUUAAAUACCUGGUUAGUGUGGCUACUGUUUCAGUCUGCAGUAGCUUAUUGCCAGCAUGGUCAGUCCUCUUCCCCCCGCCUUCUUCCCCCAAUUUAGAAACCUUCCCAGUGAUCUUCAGAAUUCUCCCAGAAUCUGCUGCUUCUUGGACCUGUGACAGGAAUUAUGGGGUAGGUACCUAGAGUGCAUUGCAGCUGAAAUGGUGAAACAGCACUGAUGUGGAUGUUAGCGAGUAGCUUCUGGUCACAGGUCUGCCUCAGUUUCCCCUUGGGCUAACUCACUAACUCUCCUCCAGCUCCCAGCACUGGCAUGAUUUAGCCGUUUGGCUAAGUGACAAAGUCCACUCCUUUUGGAAUUAACAAAACAAAUCCACAAACAGGGUUUUUGAACCCGUUACAGUCUUGCCUGACUUUAGCAUUCAAAAAUCAUGAGCCAAAAAUCAUGAUAUUGGUGUAAUCAUGAGACUUUAAGAAAAAACAACUUUUUCCCCCCAUUUUGGCUUCUGGUAUUUGAGUCUUUGAGGUACACUUGAGUCACGUUCUCAAGCUUUUCUCUGCAACCAUGGGAGCUAGAUAUCUUUUAAUGAAACCUGAGCCUCAUGUAAUAGUCUCCAGGAGCGGAGGUUCUUAGAAAAAUACCCAAUAACACAAGAGUUGUGAUAAAAUUACAAAAGUUGGGGCUCGCUGGGGCUCAGUAGUCCCCUCCCUGGACCUGGUAAUCCCUUCCACAGGGAUAUCCACUUGCCCUCCUCCUGGAGGCACUGCGGAGUUGAAGAGGAAUUUCCACGCCACCUCCAGUUGGUACCAUAGGAGAACCCAGUUGUUCUCUCUACUCUGGGUUCUAGUUAGGUGACCGUACAACAGGUAGAGAAAGUCCACUUACAUGCCUUGCUUCAUCUCCCUGGGCUUGUCUCUCUACGUCUUUCCUACUGUCCUUUCCUGGAUUUGCUGUCACUGUCUCUCUUUCUAGGUCUCGUCCUUGGCCCACUAGGGUUGGUGACCCCCUCCCAGGUUCUCUCCCAAUGCCUGGUCUCUGUGGGUCUCAGCUGGUUUGUCAGCCUUUUGCAGUUUUUUCUAGCUUGGCUUCAGCCUCUAGACCGCCUUUUCCUGCUCCUGUCUCCACCCAUGACUGUCCCCAUACUGUCAACCCCAGAUUGUUUCUUAUGCAGUUCUAGUUGGUCACCUCACCCACUUCCUCCCCCCCCCCCAGCCACAUGAUCUUCCCAAUCCCUGAGGUAAUGAUGCCUGCUUUUAAAGAGGCUACUUGACUCCGGUACAGUGGACAUUAGGAGCGCGUUGGCAAAUUAUGACCUUUUUCUUGUGAGAAAAAUUGACAAAAAUAAAAUUAACUUUUCUUUGUAAACCCCCAAACUGAUUUUUUUACAUAAACCUGAAAAUGUCGACAAAAGCAGGGCGGGGAAAUCCACAUAGUCAAAAAGGCAUUUUCUUUCCAAAAAAUGUUUAGACAGAACAUUUUAAAGUGGUUUUAGUGGGCAUGAAGCAAAACUGCAAUGGUUCAGAACACAAGUAAGUAAGCAUGGCUAGUAUGAACUCAAUAAACUGUUUAUACUUAAACCAGUGCAAGCUGGUCAAUAAAAAUAGGUUCAGUUUUCCAGGGCGCACACAGCCUACGGGCCUGUUUCUGGUAUCAUUUAUGCUGGUUUCAUGUCCGUGUAACACUACUGACUUUAAGGGAGUUGCUUCUAACUUGCACUAUUGUAAGAGAGAUCAGAUCAGGGCCUAAGUAUGUCAUUGCUGUCCAGAUGGAACAUCCAUGGAGCUGUGAUGUGACACAUUGUCACGAUGAAACCGACUACUGAAUGCAAAUUUAAAGAGAGAAAUUUUUAAAUAGGCCUUAAACGUGAUCAUGUUUUCUAAAAUGGGCUGGAAGAUUCCCGUUUUCCGUCAUCUAAUGCCAUAGAAGAUGAAGAUUUUGCAUCCAAUAGUUUUCACUCUUACUUUGGGAACAUAUUACAAAUCACUUGUUGGUAUCUUCCAUUCUGUUCCAGUUAAUUACUAAUCAUGAUGUAAGUGCCUGAUUUUUGUUUGCAACCAUGCAGAAUCUUUUCUUGUUGCUGUCAAUGAAAGCUGGCUUUCUAUAGCAGUCUCUGUCUCUACUUAUUGCUCCUCUUUGGUUUUAAUUCAGUCUUGCAAACUCUGUAUGAAAGGAGGAGCCUUAAAGAACAAAGGAUUGAGAUAGUGACAUUACAAUGUUUUAAUAAACUAUCAACUUGUUUCCUUUGAAUUUA